AUGGCAAAAGUCAUAAAAACUUCUUUUGCUCUUAUGCUUCUCCUUCUACUACCACUUUCUCUCUUGAUCAAAGUCACUGGUUUUCGAUCGUUACCAUAUUAUUACAGCGCGAUUUCAGAUGGCGUUGGCGAUAUACAUAGGUAUACAACGUAUACAACGGAGAAAUGUGAACAAAUGUAUGGAUUUUUGCCAUGUUCAAAGAGUAUUUCAGGUCAUUUUUUCCUCAUUGUGGUGUAUGAGUACUUGUUAUUUCAUGGAGAAUACUAUGUAGCAAUGGGAGCAUCAGGGCUAUUGAACAGUAAAGAAGUUGCUCAAGGAUGUGUGUUAACUGGUGUGGGGUUGCUCAAGAUUGCUGUCUCAGUGGACUGGCUAUUUGAAAAGGCUGAUCAGGACGGAGAUAAGUUUGUGUCGGUUUCUGAGCUAAAACAACUUUUCAUGAAAAUCAGAUCAAGAAAAUUGUAUCGGGACAAGGAUUACAAAAUGAGUCGCACGUGUAUCAUGGAUGAUUUUGUCAAAGGUUUCACAAGAUGGAUAGAUGAAACAAAGGAUGCAAUGGGUAAACGAUAUCAUUCCAUAAGAUCCUUGAAAGAUUUUGUACGAGAUCCGCCAAAAGUAGUACAUUUUUGGAUGAUCCAAUAUGAGAUUCUGCAGGCUUGGCUCAAAAAGAAGCGGGAAGAACACGAAAUGAUGAACCAUAUUCUAUCCGAUAUUUUUCAACAUGUCGAAAGCACAGCAAUAGGAACUCUGUACACGGAAGAUGGGAAACCGAAUAUUUCUGCUAUUAGAAAGUGA